GCCCGUAGCUAGAGGGGGUGACUUUAAACAGAUUGAGUAUAAAAGAUUACUGUUCAUCAUUUUUAAAGAAAAACCUUAAAAUGUAGAGCCAAGUUUCUAGUAUGAAGCAAAGUUUCGUUACUACUUUUACUAUCUUUGAAGACUGGAAAUUAAAAAAAAUUAAUGUAGUCUUGGUUGUCCAAAAGUUGGUCCGACUUGUCUUUGAUAGUUGGUCUGAUUUGUCUUUGGUCCGAGUUGUCUGCACCGUUCUUGAAACAGAAUUAUGAUUUAUAAAAAAAAAAGGAUCACGAGAUCUUCUUAGACGCGGGAAAAAGUGGAACACGAAGGCAGACACUGAAUUGUCAGACUGAUAUUUAAAAUCAAACUCAAAGAGAUACUGAAAUACAAAAUGGACGGAAUGGAAACAGAUGAUCUCUUAGAUGAAGUACAAAUAGGUCAAAGUCAAAGGCAAGUGAGGGACAAAAGUUUAUCACCAAGAUCAAAGGAAUAUGUACAGCAUUUGAUUACAGAUGUUAAAAGUAAAAAAGCUUCUCUGCACAAAGAUAAAAAUGGAAAUAUUGUAGUUGAUUAUCAAAGUGAUUUGAAAAAAGUUUUGGCAGGUAAAGAUGUGUCACAGACUGCAAAAAUAGUUUCUGCCAAAAAUAAACAAGAAGAAUUAGCAUAUGUUGAAGCAUUUUCAGAAAUUAUCUCUAAAAUGAAAGAAUUAAAAGCUCCAAGUGGAAUUAACUUUGCUAAUGACCAGAUUUACACUCCAAAGGGAGUAUAUGUUGAAAAGGAGCACUUUACAAAGACAAGUGAAAUUCUAGGGAAAGGAAUUUCUGGAAAUAUAUUCGUGGUCAAAGAUAAUAAAACUGGAAUAGACCAUGCGCUGAAAACAUACUUGAUUGCUGAAUUCCGCGAUGAAGAACUAAAAAUGUGGAUAGAUCUCAAUGAAGAAGAUUUUGUGCCAAGUUUACUUCUGGUUAGAAUAGAAGGUAAUAAGAUACAUUUCCACAUGGAAAAAUUGACUGAAGUGGUUUCAUUAAGAAAAGUGAUAGAUGAUCUCUUGGGUAACAUUGACCCUGACAAGAUUAAAGGUGUAUCAUUGUGUUUUUUACACGGCCUAUUAACAGCUGUCGAUAAAAUACAUGAUAAAAGAUGGACACAUAAUGAUUUACAUGGUGGAAAUGUUAUGUUACAAAAAAACGAUUUAUCCAUUGAUGUUAAGAUCAUAGAUUUUGGCUUGGGACAUCGAAUGGAAAGUCUGAGACUCAAUGAUGACAUCAAAAGGUAUGAGUCAGAUAUAUUGUGGUGCUUCCGACUUUUUAGCGCAAUGUAUCUGGGGGAAGAGUUUAAUGAUAUCUAUGAUUUAAAGAAGAAUGGGUUGAAAAAACUGACGGAGAGUUUAGAACAUUAUGAAGAAGACAAUCGAAAAGAAAUUCUACAAAUUUUUGAUGUUUUUCUUGAAAUUACUUCCAUAAAUAGUCACAAAUUCGGAAAAACUAAAGAAGCCCUGGAAAAUGUUAGCGAAGUUCUAGAAAAGAAUAAUAUUAAUAAAGGUGAAAUGUUGGAACAUGCAGCAAAAAAGUUGUUUCCUGAGAAAAUAACUCCAGUGAAUUCAAUGGAUUUGGAUGACUUUACAGAUAGUCCAAGAGAAGGUUUGUUUUUACAAGCACUAGGGAAUGGAACAAUUGAACAAGAAUCAGACAAGAUAAAUAGUGUUGGUUCAACUGACAGUAUUGCACCAGAAGUUGUGAGGGACAUACUAGAAGAAAUGUCCAUUCGACCGAGAAAAUAAAGAUUGUAAGAUGGGCUGAUAAAUCGUGGAUUCAGAAAUGGAAG